GGCCCCGCAGGACGGAAUCCUGGAGGCAGGUAUCGUAGCGGCUGUGAGUUUGCCGUGGACUCCACGAUGCCGCAAGAGCAGGAGCUGGACUUUGCUGCGCCUCCGAGGUCUCCCACACUUCUGGACGCUGUGCUGCAGAACCUCUAUGACUUUGGAGAAACAGAAAAAGCAGAAAAGACAAAGGUCAGAAAGAAAAGGGAAAAUAAGAAGAAGGAUGGCCAGGCUCUAAUGGCCCUGGUGGCAGAACCAGCUCCUGCACCUGGCUCUCUUUCUAGGCGUCAGAAGAAGAAUGCCUCCAGCUUUUUCAAGGAACUCCGAGAAGAGUUGCACUGUGCUCCUGCUGUUCCCUGCCCGGAUCCCCCCUCUCAACCAGAAGUCCAUGCUGCUGCAGUAUCGUCCUCUCCCCUGAAGAAAACAAGCGGAGGAAUAGAAGUGGUAGAAUUUCACAGCAGACAUAAGAAAAGGAAGCUGAAGCAAGAUCCAGACGAGAACGCAAAGACUAAAACUAGUGUCCUUGAGAAAGCUGCAGAUGUACAAGAAUUUAAUCUAGAAAAGGCUCGUUUGGAAGUACACCGGUUUGGCAUCACGGGCUAUGGAAAAGGAACAGAAAGAGUCCUGGAACGAGAACGUGCCAUCAUGCUGGGUGCUAAACCUCCCAAAAGUAGUUACGUGAAUUACAAGGUUUUGCAGGAGCAAAUCAAAGAAAAACAGGCAGCAGAGAAAGAAGAAAAGAAAAAGGCCCAGGACACAGAUUUUUUCAAGAAAAAGAAGAAAAAAGGGCAAGAAGAUGGGAAAUCCAAAAAGAAGAAAUCGGCUCCCAGCAUUUUGUCAAAUGGACGGAAUGGACAGAUUGGAAAAUUCAAAAAUGGAACAUUGAUUCUGAGCCCAAGUGAUAUCAAGAAAAUAAAUUCCUCAAGAGUAGUGAAAUGAAGUACUUUAUUAGAUAAAAAGAAAAAUGGCAACCAGUUUGCUAGACUUCUGGGCUUUUGCUUUAUGUUCCAAAAACUGUUUUUUCAUUUUAGAGGAAGAAAAGUCACACAGAACUACCAUUUCUAGUUGCCGAAGUGUCUGUUUUAAGGCACUGAGCAUCUGGGACAAGAUGCAGCAAGAGCUUGAAGAGAACCCACUGAAAGACACUGAAGUGUUUUCCAGCAAGUUUCACUUAAGUUUUUGCUCACUGAUGUCUGUUGCAUAUGCUUAUAAUAUGGUUCUUCAUAAGUUUACUGUUUUGAAAAAUACUAGUAAUUGACAUGUAAUUGCCUUAUAAACAUUUUUAAUGAUUUAUGUUAUAUUUGCCAUGAAUAAACAAAGCAUUUAGUAAGAUA